AUGAGGUCUCGAUUUGAGGUGUUGGAAGAGGUUGAAAGUGGGGCAAUAGAUGAUAUACUCAUUGAGGAAGAGAAUCAGGAGAAAGCAGACACAGAUCAGGCGGUGAUUUCUGGGCAAACAGAGAAAGUCGACCCAACUGAAAAUCCUAAUGACAAGCAAAACAAGAAAGAACCAAGGAAAGACAAGAACAUGGGAGGCAAGCAUGCUGCCGAAAAUCUGGAAAAGACUGGAGAAAAGCCACAGGAUAAAAAACAGAAAGAUAACAACAGGAAGGUUAAUCAGAAAGCAACACCAGAAUCCAGCAACCAAAGAGGCAAGCAGAUUCCCCAUGUUAAGACCUCGCCCUCCACCUCCCUCACACCACCUGCUAGAAGCAGCAAGAAAGGAGGAGAGUCCCAGCUGUCGAAGCAAGGUAAGCAGCAAGGAGCUACACAAAUGGUCUCUCCCAUCUCCUCCCAAGGCAGUGUUAGAGGCACCCCUGAGAACGCAGUUGCAGGUCACAAACAAAAAAUGAUAGAGCAGAUUGCGUGUAAGGGAGAUUUUGAUACCAACACCAAUUUGAGAGAGCCCCCCGAAAGUGGGAUCAACCAACCCAGGAAGCUUGAGUUCAACUUGAGUCUAGGGAAGGUAGCUUCAAAGCCUGAAAAUGCUAAGCAACUCACAACUGGUUCAGCCAAGAGUGAGAAGAGGGAAGAAGCGACGGCGAUGGCCAUCGACAAUGAGUAG